AUGUGCCAGUUCGACGUGCCGUGGGACGGCUACGCGCCCGAGACACUCGAUUGUAAAGCCCUCGGCCUCCUCAGCAGGCGGCGCGUGGCCGAGACGGACGGCGAGAAACACGUGGUCGAUGAAAUCGUCGACGACCCCGAGCUCAACGGCGUGAUGCCCGGUUUGAUGCUGACACUGCCGUUGCAAGACAAGGGCAUGUUGGACUGGAAUUCGCUCCUUCUCCGGUGGCAGUGGUCGCGUCACGUCACGUCGCUGGACAACAGCUCGCGCGCGCUGGCGCGGCUCGCGCUCCUGUCCGUCAAGGACCGCGCCGCGCCGCGCGAGGACGCGCCCAAGGCCAUGCACGUCGUGCACCGCCUCGCCGCGUCGGGGCACGCGACGGCCAUCAGCUCCGUGCUCGCGUUCUUUCGGGGCGAGGAGAAGCCCUGGUUCUACGGCGGCCUCGGCAAAAUCUUCUCAGCGGGCGACGCGCUGGAGGCCGAAAGACGGAAGCGCAUGGCAGCGCGCAACAUGUUCGCGAACACGCCGCCGGCGAUCGCGAGGCGGCGCCGCUGGGAGGCCGAGGACGCGCGCGAGGCUUUGGCCGAGGCCGAGGACCGCUUGCAAAAGGCCGUGGAGCACGCGGCGGGCGCCACGGACGAGGCCGCGGCCGCGGCGUGGUCGUCCUUCAUAGCCACCCUGCGGAGGAAUGUCGACGCCGCGACCGGCGCCCUCGAGACGGCCGAGGCGGCCGUCGAACCCGCGGAGGCGGCGGCGGAGGCCGCCCGGGACGCCCGGGCUGCUGCUCGGCGCGCCUUGAGCGCCCAGCGGGGUCGCGACGACCCCCUCGGUGCCCAUCCCUAG